GCAGGGAAGAGGCGGGCCUCGCUUUCCUCCCGCCCCUUUUGUUCACGUGUCCCGCCUCUGGCCACGCCCACCUGAAGCAGCUAUGGCGAGCGGAGAGGCUGCGGGGCCCCGGCCCGGGCUGGCGUUUGAGCUCAGCAUCCCUUUCCCGUCGUCGCCACUAGCCCGGAUCGCGCUGGGUUCCUUGUCCCCGGAUCCUGAGCCCCGCAAAGGAGGAAUCAGCAAGGAACUGAAUGUGAAGGAGAACGUUUUGCAUGUGCACUGGAGAGCAGACGAGGCCCGCAUACUGCGUGUUUCCAUCAAUUCCUUUCUGGAGCUUCUCUCCUUGGUGGUGGAGGCAAUGGACCUCUUUGGCCCCCCUGUGGUGUAAGGAGCUGUUGCGCCCAAGAGCUGGGAAGAGACAGGAUUCCAGACGGCCCCGGUUGGACACAAAACUGCUCUGGACGUCCCGGGUGUCAAAGGAAGCCCGAGACAAUCUAUCCUCGAAGCGAUGUCGAUAGGCGCAAGGCCGUCUUCUGAUGCGCAAGAAUAUCAGUGCGCUUUGGGAGCUGGCAAACCUGGACUGCCUUAGCAUAAAAUAAGUACAACCUGGAGACAUCGACGAGUUAUCUGGUACCCUUUCCUGUCCUCAGGGUCUUUGUGGUGAACGGGGACGGGUUUGUUUAAGCUGACGGAUUCUUUUGAUCAAUGAGUUAAAUGUACAAUGUUAUGGGUCGCCAAGUCUUAAUAAAGGUUAUUUUUCAAGGC